CUGCUGUGGUGAGAGGAUCACCAUCAUCCCCACUCACAAAUCCUGCACGAUGCCUCCUGGAUAACCGGCGUUCAGCAGGAGAAGGCAGCACGGUAUGUACCCCAGGAUGAGGCUGAAACGAGCGACACAAGCAGGAGAACCAGUUUGAUAGACAUCAGUAUGACUGGAAUGGCUCAAAGAUUUCAGAUGUACGGUGGAGGGGGAGUCAGAAGUCCCUCAAACAUGGUUCUGUGAGCGCUGCAGUGCGGUGGAGGCGAUGGACGACACGGGGCCGCUGCUGACCUCCAGGCCGGAGGGGAGGAACGGUCACUGCGGGUGGAGAGCUCACACCAAGGACUCCAAGGCUGUGGAGGACCUCCGACGGAGGCUCAAGUACUUCUUCAUGAACCCCUGUGAGAAGUACAGAGCCCGGGGCCGCAAGCCCUGGAAGCUCAUGCUGCAGAUCCUGAAAAUCGCAAUCAUCACGGCUCAGUUAGUUUCGUUUGGCCUGAGCAACGAGAUGAUGGUCACGUUCAAAGCCGAGAAUCAGAUGACGUUCCGUCAUUUGUUUCUCAAAGGAUACAAGGACCACACGAUGGGAAGCUACGCUCUCUACACCAAGACGGACGUCUACGAUCACAUAAACUAUAUCAUCCACAGGUACAUCAAUCUCCAAAAUCUGUCUGUGAGUAAUCUCGCAUAUGAGGAGGUUGAAGGGGAAUACACUCCUCUGUCCAUCUGCCAAGUCUAUUACAGGAGCAGCAGCAUCGACCCGGGGAACGACACCUUCGACAUCGAUCCCCAUAUUGAUAAAAAGUGUGUGUCCGUGUACCCACAGCAGCGGCUGCAUGGCGACAGCCUGCCAACACAUACCAACUUUUCCCUGGACUUCAAAAGGCUGUUAUCAGUGAACAUCUACCUCACCCUGAAAACCAUCAACCUGCAGACGGUGCGACACCACGAGCUGCCCGACUGCUACGACUUCAACGUCACGAUUGUUUUUGAUAACCGUGCACACAGCGGGAGGAUCAAGGUGGAUGUUGAAAACCAUGUGAGAAUUUAUGAAUGCAGAGACUGGAACGUGGAAGGAAGCUCUGGGAAGAACGACUACCUCCUCUUACUGUUCGAUUCCGUGGUCAUCCUCGCCUGUCUGACCUCCCUCGUCCUCUGCACACGCUCAGUUAUCAACGGCAUCCAGCUCCAGUUCGAGUUCAACACAUUCUUUCACGCCUAUUACAAUAAGAUCGUGAGCUGCUCGGACCGACUGGAGUUUGUGAACGGAUGGUACAUCCUCAUCAUUGUUAGCGACACGCUGACGGUCGCCGGAUCGGUGCUGAAAAUUGGAAUCCAAACAAAGUUCUUGACGAACUACGACGUCUGCAGCAUCCUGCUGGGAACGGCCACGAUGCUGGUCUGGGUCGGUGUGAUCCGCUACCUCGGUUUCUUCAAGAAGUACAAUAUCCUGAUCUUGACCCUGAGGGCAGCGCUGCCGAACGUGAUCCGUUUCUGCGGCUGUGCGGUCAUGAUCUACCUCGGGUAUUGCUUCUGUGGCUGGAUCGUACUCGGGCCUUACCAUGACAAGUUUCGAACACUGGACAAGGUGACGGAGUGCCUCUUCUCUCUGAUCAACGGAGACGACAUGUACGCCACCUUCCUGAACCUGAGGGGCAAAACCUACAUGGUGUGGCUGUUCAGCAGACUCUACCUCUACUCCUUCAUCUCCCUCUUCAUCUACAUGGUGCUCAGCCUCUUCAUCGCGCUCAUUACCGACACCUAUGAAACCAUCAAGCACCACCAGAAGGACUUGGAGCCAGUGUCAGAGCUCCAGGCCUUCAUCGCAGAGUGCAGAGACCAACCCGAUUCUGGAAGAUACCAGACUGAGGACGAGCUGCCGACCUGCUGCUUGUCUUCAUGCGGAUGUUUCAGAUGAAACCAGGAGCUGUGGCUUCAGCUUUUCCUCUGAGAAUUGCCUCACCUUCAUUUUAUAUCAAUGGGAGAAAAUACUGAACAUUUUUACUCUUCAGAUACCUUAAAUUCCCAAUUCCAAAUACACAGACAUGCUUUUUUUAAUAGAGUCACAGUUGAAAAAUAUUGUUUCUUCAACAUAGAUUUAUGAAGUAGCUGAGGUUUUUGUUCCAAAUGGUACAUAUCUGCCAAACUUCAACACCUACUUUUAUGAGGACAAAGGUCACUGCUGAGAGUUAGAAAUUAACCCAAACAUCACAUCAAAGGCCACCGCCUUGAUUCUGUGUUGCUGCUCGUCAGAAAUGUAAACCACUGCAUAACUCAAUCUGCCAUCCACAGGAACAAGGACUCCAGAGUAAUCCUAGAGUCAGGGACAACGGUGGGGUACAUAGCUUUAGUGGUCAAACACUCGAGCAGAACUAUGAAUAUUUCGCAGUGAAAAUAAGUUACCUUAUCAACACAGAACAAAAACAAUGCUUUUUCACCAGAAAUGUCAUGUAAACAGGAUCUGAGAUUCUUUGUGGAAAUUGUAAAUGCUGUCUUCUCCAGGUUAAAGAAAGGCCAUCAGAGUGCAGAUUAGUAAUGUUCUGGAGGUGUAUCACCAAGUGAGUGACUUCCUGCUCAACUUUGAAACUCCGCUGACGCCAGUGUGUAUUCACAGUGCUGCCCUCCGAGUGACGCAUGUUUCAAGGAACCCCGUGUUUAGUCCACAAAGAUUGUGUUAAACCACAUUUUGCACACUGUGAUAGUUAUACAACAUUCACGUUGCCCUGUAUGAUUAGCAUGGUUACUGUAAUUGUACAAAGAGCUCAUGAAACCGAAGAAAUGAAUACACUGGAAAUGAAGCAUGUUGGUGACCACUCUGAGACAUCAGAAACCAGAAGGCAAUCAAUAAGGUCUCUACUUGUGUCUGUCUUAGAAAUAUCUGCUCUUAUAUAUCUGAGUCUAUUUUACAUAUAUCUCCUAAUAAAUUACAAUGUCACUACU